AUGCGUCAGGUCAACAACGACUCUUCCGGCGCGCAGUCUACGUUUGAGAGUCAGCCCAGAGCCAGUGCCGCUGAUUGUCCCAGUGGUGCGGCCGUGGAGCAGGUUCAGCAAGAAUCUGUCUUCGAGAGCAAGCCGCAGCAGAGCAAGGCUGACACAAACUACGGAUCUAAAUCUGCAGGGGCAGAGGCAGAGCAGUCCGUCUUCGAGUCACAGCCGAAACGAAGCUCUGCGGAGGUAAGCCACUCAUCCGCUGCCGCACCAGCAGACGCUGCGCAGUCGACCUUCGAGAGCCAGCCGCAGCAGUCGAAGGCAGAUACCGCUUAUGGAGCUUCUACUGCGAGCGCAUCAGAGCCGUCUGCCUUUGAAAGCAAUCCACAGCAAUCCAAGGCUGCUGUGGGAUAUGGCCGGACUGAUGCGCCAAGCGCUGGAGAGGUGCAGUCGGUUUUCGAGAGCCAGCCGCAGAAGAGUAAAGCGAUGGUGACGGCUGCCGACAAGGCGCCCCCGGCUGCUGGGGACGGGCAAUCGGUCUUUGAGAGCAAGCCAGCGGAAAGUAAAGCAGAGACAUCCUACUCCAAAGCCGCCUCCGCCGCCGACACGUCGCAGUCAGUGUUUGAGAGCCAGCCUAAGCAGUCUUCUGCAAUGGUCAGCCACAAUGACAAGGCUUCCGGGCAGGCAACGGACCAGUCUGUCUUUGAAAGUCAGCCGCAGCAGAGCAAGGCUGAAAUCGGCUACGGACGGAACGUUUCUGCUGCUGGCCAGGAGCAGUCCGUCUUCGAGAGCAAGCCUGCCGAGAGCAAGGCGCACUACAGGGCCGGCGAGAACCCGGACGGAGACGAGGAGUCAGAGUACGAAACUGACGAAGAAGGAUGA